CAUCUCCACCAACACAAAUCAAUAUACACACACAUAAAGCAGACUACCUCUCACCUUCUACCCUCUCCCUCUCUCGAUUCCUUCUGCUCACCCACAACAAAAUUUGAGCAUCUCAUUCCCCCUCUCAAAACACAAAACAAAACACAGGAAAUCAUCUUCUCCAAAUCAAAAACCUUGCCUGCCUUCCACUCUCUCUCGAUUACAUAUUAAGCAACAUCAGACUUCAUUCCUUCUUUUCUUGUGAAAGAAACCCAAACCAAACACUCACUCAGCCAACCCCCCUGCUUCGGUGGAUAGAACGGACCACCACCACGUCCGGUGGUGGUACGACGACGGAACAUAAAAAGAAGGAGGGCGACGGCGAGGAGAGAGAGACAGAAGAGAGAGAGAGGAAAUGGUGGCAGUAGUGAGCGACGAUGAACAACCGUCGUUGCGGCGACGGUGGUGUGGGUUCGACACACACUUGGUUGCUGUUAUGUUGAAGACAGAACGAGGAGAAGAGAGCUGAGACGAACAAGAGACUUAGACGGGAGAGAGAGAGUGACCGGAGCAAGAAUGGAGGUGCCGACCACCACACGCGGCGGCGGCCGGCGGUGUCGGCGACUGUGGUGGUCAUUUUGCUGCCUUUCUGUACAAUCUUGGGUCCAACAGGUAUGUGAGUCGAUUUAGGCUUCAAGCAUGGUGAUUCAGUUUGAGUUUUGGAUUCACAGGGUUCGUUUUGGUUCGAGUCUCGGGUCAGUUCGGGCUCUUCGGGUCAGCCACACUUCGGGUCAGAUUCAGUCAAAGUCAACAACUCGGUUCGAGUUUGGGCAACCGCGGUCAACAGAUUUUGGUUCGGGUUCAGAUUUUUCGUAUACGGCUCCGGUCAACUCGGGUCAAACACAGCUAACCCAGUUUACUCGGUUAACUCCGUUAACCCGGUUGACUCGGUCAACUCAGACCCGGUCAACUCAGUCAACGUUCCGACACAAAGAUUCGGAAUAUUGUAGAAUGCACGCUAGCAAGUCAAGUCUUCGAAACGACAUCACGAAGUCGUAUUUAGCUAGCUUUGCACAGGAAUAUUCAGGUUACUUUUCAAACAAUGGAACGAUUGAAAUAGGAGAACCAUUGGAGAUGCGAGUACUUAGUGGCGUUCGCAUUCUAAAAGUCUUAGCUUAUUUGCUUCCGCUAUGCAAUGAAGAUACCAAUCGCCAAUGCUCUGAUAUUUCGGGGUGUGACAGAUUGGUAUCAGAGCUAUAGGUUACAGCGAAUAGGGUUUUCUGUAGAGAUACCUAGGCUCUAACCUCGCCUUUCCUCUGGGAACUUAGAAUACUAAAACCUGAAUACAUAUAGAACGCAUAGUACUCGAAUAUAGUCUCCAACCGUUGCCGAAAAACAAACAGCCAAGAUUUUGUUUUCAAACAUACGCUAUUGUGGUGUUUUACACAUGGUACACAAAAACAAUUACAUACAAUAUUUGAGAGUUUAGGAAACAUGCAUUUAAGACCUUUGGAAACUCAUGUUGAAGUUCAUUGAAGGUCAUCACGUAGGAACCACGAAUAUUAACUCGGGCACACACUAUUAUCCAUAUUGUCUAUGAUUUUUUGACUUCCCGAGCAGGCAGCCUACGCAUAACGAAACGCUAGUGCACAUGUAUACGUGAAACUUAAGCUAUACAUCAACGGAGGUUGAAGUAUGUCACAUACGACUUUCGAGGAAGCGGCAGUUGGCACGUGGUCCUGCAAACGACACGAGUCAUGCUAAGAAGAAGACGCAUGUCUCCGCAUCCCCCUAUCGCAGUAACGACGAAUACGCUAUGUUCGACAUUCCAUGGUAAUGUCACCUAACAACCGGUUAUCACUUGAAACCCCAGGUAAAGUCCUUAAAUUUCUUUUAUUGAAAUUUCGACUUUCACAUUUACUGAGUAGAUUUUCGUAUCCCUACUCCUCUUGAUGGUCAUUGUAUCACGAUCAUUUCUUUCAGUAUAGUGAAUAUUCAAUUGCUUCAUUUAUUGGGGAAUUCAUAUGUUACGCAUGCAUCGUUUGUUACGCAUGUGGUUUCGUUUCAAAUACGCGUUUCAUUUGUUCCGAGUCGUAGUGGACUUGCUUGGUCUACGACUCCAUUAAGUUGUUUGUUGAUUUCAACACCUUGUGAUGGUGUUUUCAUUAAUUGAAGCUUGCGCUAAUCUCGUUUACACAUCUCAUGCACGGAUUUAAAUUAUUCAUUUAUUGAUUUGCUUUAAAUCCACUUUGAUUUAUCAUAUUACAACAGUCUUAACACAAUCGUGUGUUAAGGCAAUGGUACGCAAAUUCAUUCUAUAUUCCGGUGUACCAACUAAAGUUUCUGUCAAAAUAAAUUUGAAAGUUUUGCGAUAUCCAUUGCUUCUUCAUCGUCGAUCGAAAACAGUGUUUCUUUGAUGUUCCAUUUUCAAUUGAAAAUUCUAUGAUGUCAUUCGAAACAAACUUUCAGAUUCACUUUAUUGCGCUUUCAUUGGAUUUCAAACACGAUGAAGUUGUUUGAUCACCGCUAUUAUUGGGUUAUUUAAUCACUACGACACCUUGUGGUGUCGAUAUAAACUUGUAGCUUGAGCUAAUCAUGAUUGAGCGUCUCAUGCAAAACACAGGUGAUACUUGUUCGAUCACCCCUAUUAUUAAAUUGUUUCAUUCAUUGCGGCACCUUGUGGCGUCGGUAGAACUUGCAGCUUGGGUUGAUCAUGAUCGAGCGUUUCAUGCAAAACUAUUUCAUUGAACUUGUUGAUUCUAAGUUCCAUUUAGUGGAUGUUAUUGUUUCUAACAUUCAUUCACAUAUCGUAAACGUCCAUUUGGAAUCCUAUUGGUUGAAAUUUCUCUUUUAUUGAACCCUGUUAACUGGGUCACAUUUGUGACUGUAUCAGUAUAUCUCGUUUCCUUUGACAUUAUUCGUAUUUACUUACGCAUAACGUAACUCUAAGGAGUUAACGUAGUCUAAAUUUCGAGGACGAAAUUUCAUUAACAAGGGGAGAAUGUGACAGCCGGUGAUUUACGGCUCUUAAUUAAGUGAUUAACAGACGAUUAGCGCGACAAUAAAUAGUGUUUACGACGCAAAUUAACUUAAUUAGGGCCUCAGUAAGCUUAGGAACACUUUGCGGUUCUACAGUGCACGUGUGACGAUCUGUGGAGAUACUGUUGGAAAUUAAACAAUAAUAAACUGAAACCGUACGAAAUACUGACGACGCCGACAAAUAUGGAUGUUACACGAAUAUUUUAUGAUUAUGGAGUAUGGGUCGCGAUAUCAGGUCUCGUAGGAAUUACGGGCCACUUACACAUUGGAUGGGCUUGUGGGCCCUGGCCCAAGCCCAAAACCCACAAGCCUCAACCUGCACAUAAUAUAUUAGAUUUUUCCUUAAAAAUCUAAGCAAAAUCUAAACAAAACCUGUGCAAAAUCUUCCAUAAUCUCUAUGAAAUUUAGAUAAUAGAUUUUGUCUCUAAAAUUUGAAACACACAAGAUUUACUCAAUCCUUAUAAAAUCUCUACAUCUCUAUAUAUAUCCUACACCCACUCAUGUCCACCAACUCAAAUCAAUAUACACACACAUAAAGCAGACUACCUCUCACCUUCUACCCUCUCCCUCUCUCGAUUCCUUCUGCUCACUGUCACACCCCGAUUUCCACGUGUCUCACCGGUGGGCCCGGUGGGGGUUACCGUGACGUAGUUGGCAACAAUAUAGUCAAACCACACAAUAUAUGAAUGCA